AUGAAUGGUCAUUAUUUCAAUGGUCUUGAUGAGUAUGAACUUGACAAUGAAGAAUCCAUACGUCCUAAAUGGAAAGAAACAAGGGAAUCUAAGAUUGGAUUGGAUUCCUAAAAGUUUUAACCCUUUCGCAAAGAAUUUCUACAUGUAUAAGAUUAAAUUAUGUGUUCUAAGACUAUUAAUGAUAAUCAUAAGAUGACAGAAGAAAGAAUUGAAGCUUUUUAUAGAGAAAAAGAAGUUAUUAUAAAAACAUUUGAAAAUUAAAAAGUUCCUCCUCCAUUUUUAAGUUGGGCAUCAGCCUGUUUCCCAUCUCCUAUAUUAAAAUCAAUAGAAUAAUUAUAAUUUAAGAGUCCUACGAUAAUUCAAUCUGUUGGUAAUUUAAUAAUUUAAUUAUUUAAUUUAAGUAUUUCCAAUAAUUUUGGCUGGAUAUGAUGUAAUAGGAAUUGCAUAGACAGGAUCAGGAAAGACUAUUGCAUAUUUAUUACCAGGAUUAAUUUAAAUUACAAGUUAAAAAAAAGAAGAAUAAAACAAUACUUAAAAAUAAAAUGGACCAUAAAUGUUAAUUUUAGUACCAACUAGAGAACUAGCUAUCCAAAUAGAAUCAGAAAUAUAAUUAUUUACAUAAAAUUAUCGGUUAAAAACACUUUGUGUUUAUGGUGGAAUCAAUAAUAGAAAAAAUCAAUUUUAUAAUUUAGGAAGAUCUCCAAAUAUCUUAGUAGCUACUCCAGGAAGACUUUUAGACUUUUUAAGAGAAAGAGCUACUACUUUAGCUGAUGUGAGUUAUCUAGUAAUUGAUGAAGCAGAUAGACUAUUAGAAAUGGGUUUUGAAGAUACAAUUAGAGAUAUUGCGCAAUAAAUUAGAUUAGAUAGGUAGACUGUAUUUUUUUCAGCUACUUGGCCCAGGGCUGUAAAAGAUUUAGCAUUUGAUUUUUGUUAAUAGAGCCCAAUUUAUGUUUAAAUUGGAAAAUCUAAUUUAACAAUAAAUAAAAAUAUUGAUUAAGAAAUUAUUUGUCUAUUUUCGAGAGACAAGCUAUAAAAACUACUUGAUAUUCUAGAUACUUUAAAAAUAUCAGAUAAAGUUCUCAUUUUUUCAGAAUAGAAGCAUAGGUGUGAAUAAUUGUCUAUUGAUAUGGCUGAUAGAGGAUAUUACACAAUAGCUUUGCACGGUGAUAAGACAUAACCUUAGAGAGAAGAAAUAAUGAAGGCCUUUCGUAGUGGUUACACUCGUCUAUUAUGUGCAACAGAUUUAGCAUCUAGAGGAUUAGAUGUAACUGAUAUUACUGUUGUAAUUAAUUAUGAUUUUCCAAAAUAUUUUGAUGAUUACAUUCAUCGUAUAGGAAGAACUGGAAGAGGAGAAAAGAAAGGAAAGUCUUUUAGUUUUUUGACAUAUGAUAGAGAUGAACCCAAGAUGGCCAGGGAACUAUUGAAAUUGGCUUAAGUAGCUAAUGUUAAAUAUGAUGAAUCUACUUUAAAAAAUUUUGCAAUUGGAAUAUGUAAGAAUAUUAAAAAAUUUAGUUCCUUAAAUGCGUAAUGAUUUUGAAUUUGAUAGAUUUAAAUAAUAAUAAAGAAAUAAUAAUUAAAGAGGUAAUGUUGGAUUUUCAAAACAUUCAUAAGAAUAAUAUCAUAUUGAUCACUAGAUAUCUAAGUAAAAAAGUUAUAUAAUUAAAAUAUAGAUAUCAAUUAGACAAUAGAAGUUCUGUAACUGAAAAUAAUUAUUCAAAAUUUUCAAGUUGUUAUAAUUAACAAGAUGAUGCAUAAAAUGGAGAUAAUAAUUAGUAAUAAUAUUAAUUAAUUAAAUAGCAAUUUUAGAUUUAAUGAGAAUUACUAAGAUUAAAGUUAAUAAUCAAAUAGAGAUUAAUUUUAAGGUAGAAAUUAAUGGAAAGAUUAUGGAAAUCAAAAGGAUUAUUAGUAUGAGAAUGAGGAACAUAGAUCCUAAAAUUAUUAUCAAAAAGGGGAUAAGAAAUAAUUUUAUGGAAAAUAAGAGAGAAUAGAUAAUAGAUAAAUGAGAUAAGAAUAAUCAUUUGAUUAGAAUAAUAAAUUUAGUAAUGAUCAAAAAGAUAGAUUCUAUGAAAAUGAUAAGUAAUAGAGGUAGUUUAGAUAAUAAGGAUAAGAUUGGUCUUAAGGAUUUGAUGAAUAACAAAGAUAAAUUGGUAAGGAUAGUAGAUAAGAAUAUGAAAAGGAUAAAUAAUUUACAUCAAAUAGAUAAGAUAGACCAAAAUGGCAAUAAUUUCAAGGGAAUUAAGAUGGAAAUUAUAGAUAAGAUAGAUAUGAUAGAUAAAAUAAAAAAUAAUAAUAUGAUGAUCGAGAAUAUUAAUAAUAGGAUGAUGAUAUAAGGUUCUUGAAUAAUAGAUAAGAAAAACCAUAUAGAUAAUGGGAUAGAUAAGAUCCAUCAAAUAGAGAUAAUAGAAGAGUAAAUAUUCCUGACUAGGAUAAUGAUGGAUAUGAAAACAGUCAAUAAUAAUAUCAAUCUAAAAUUCCCCAUGAAAACCAUUCAUUUAGGUGGGAGAACUAAAAAAAUCAGAAAUAAUAGGAUUAGUGGAAUAAUAAUAAUAAAAGACAACCAUAAUAAUAAACAAGAUUUGCUGGAGUUUAAAGUAAUUCUAGAAAUUAUGAUAACUAAAGGGAUGAUUUUAAGAAUUCUAGAUAUGAAGAAUGCAAAAGACAAUAUACAAAUUAGGUUGAUGAAAGGAAUAUUUAAGAAUGGAAGAAUAAAUAGCUAGAGAAUAAUGAUAUAAAUAAAAAUUAACAGGAUUAUGAUAGACAAAAUUUAUUUAAUAAUAAUUUUGGUUCCUAGGUAGAAGACAAUAAAAGAAAUUAAAAAUAUAAUAAUAGAUCUUAUAUUUAAGAGAGACAAGAGGAUGGUAGAUCUCAACAAUUUAUAAAUAAUGAUUCAUUUAACCAUCAUAAUUAAAAUUAAGUAAGAAAUUAUUGGGAUUAAAAUGAAAAAAGAAGAUUUGAUAAUUUUAGAGAUACUAGAUAGUCCAAUAAUUAAUAAUUUGAUUAAUACAUUAAUUAAAGAAAAUAAAAUGAUAAUAGAUUAUAUAGAAAUUAAAUAGAUUAAAAUGGUAAUGAGGAUAAUAAAUUUAAAUCACAUAGAAAUACUUAAAGUUUGGAAAGAAAUGAUUAAGUAAGAUUUUAUAAUUCAAAACAAAUUACUAGAAAUACUGUUAAAAAUGAUGAUUAAAUAAAUGUUGGCUAGUAAUAAACAUAAGUACCAAAUAAUAUUUUGAGAAAUAAUAAUAAUAAUAAAGAGUCAUAAAACACUUAAGAAAGAAUUAUAGAUAAUUAAUAAAUUGAAAAAUAGAUUCAGAAUUUAGAUGAGAAUAAGAAAUAAUCAUCAAAAAUUAUUGAUAAGCAAUAAGGAAUGGAAGAGAUUAAUGAACUUUAAGAAUAUAAUUUUAAUUAUGAUCCAAAUAAAUCAUCAUCUAAUGAUGGUGAAAUUGAAGAAGAUAAUAAUAUUGAUGAUUAUGAUAAAAUUGUAUAAGAUGACAAUUAAAAUGUUCAUUAAAGUGUUAACAAUGAAGCUCAUAAUAUUGCGUUAUAAUAAAUACCAAAAACAAUUGAUCAAUUACCAAUAGCAAUCAUACCAUAACAAUAAGAAAUAAAGGAUGAUACCAAAUAAAUAACAUGUAAUAUUAAUGAAAAGGAAGAGGAUAAAAUAGAAGAAGAUUCUGAUAAUGAAUAUGAUUUUACAAGAUUCAGUAGAACUCUUGAAUUGGAAAGAAAUUUAUAAUUUGAAGUUACUUAGUAGUAAUAAUUUUAUUUAUUAAAAGAUAAUAAGCUAAUAAUAAUAGAGUAAUUGCAAAAGAAGAAGAACUAUAAAUAGACUAGAAAUAAGAAUGA